AUGGAAAACGAUAAGGGAGAACUCGUCGAUCUUUACGUACCACGCAAGUGCAGUGCAACAAACCGAAUCAUAAAGGCCAAAGAUCAUGCUUCUGUUCAAAUAUCGGUCGCUAAAGUUGAUGAAAACGGUCGCAUCACUGGAGAAAGUCAGGUCUAUGCCCUGUCAGGUUUCGUGCGCGCCAUGGGUGAAAGUGAUGAUUCAUUAAAUCGAUUAGCACAACGUGACGGUUUACUUAAAAAUGUGUGGAGCGGGAGCAGUCAACGAUAA